UGCAAGCGCUCGCUUUUUGUUGGCCGUCGCGGGUAGUGCGCGGCGCGAGGUGGUGGCAGGCAAGGGAUGCAGGCGGUGGUGGACCGACCGCGCUCCGGGUUGCUAGCCGGCUCUCAGUGUCGAUCAGUUCGCGACGCGCGGUGGUCGUGCGUCGAGCGCGCGUUCAGUGAUGUCUGCGAGAUGAGGCUGUCGCUGGUGCUUCUGUGGCUGAGUGCCGCGGCGGCGUGCGGCCCCGGCCGCGGCUUCAACACCCGCCCCCCGACGCGCCGCAUCGAGCCCUUCGUCAACGGCCAGCAUGACCCCAACACUAGUGAAAAUAACAAGCUCGCCAGCGGGCCCGCUGAGGGUCGCAUCACCAGGGACGAUCCCAAGUUUAAAGACUUAGUGCCUAAUUAUAAUACGGACAUCGAUUUUAAGGAUGACGAGGGCACCGGCGCUGAUCGCCUGAUGACCCAGAGAUGCAAGGAGAUGCUGAACACGCUGGCGAUCAGCGUGAUGAACCAGUGGCCGGGCGUGCGGCUGCGCGUGGUGGAGGGCUGGAGCGAGUCGGACGUGCACGGCGCGGAGUCGCUGCACUACGAGGGCCGCGCCGUCGACGUCACCACCAGCGACCGCGACAAGAGCAAGCUGGGCGUGCUGGCGUGGCUCGCGCGCAAGGCCGGCUUCGACUGGGUCUACAACCGCGGCCGGUCCUACGUCCACUGUUCUGUUAAAACAGAAUCGUCUAUCGGAGGGACCGGAGCCGGGUGCUUCCCGUCCGGGUCGCUGGUGUACACCCGGAACGGCACGCGAGACAUCGCCACGCUCCGCAAGGGAGACUGGGUGCUGGCUGCCGACAGUGACGGCAAACUUAUUUAUUCUGAGGUGCUGACAUUCAUGGAUCGAGAUCCGAACGGAACGCGACAUUUUCUACAAAUAACUGCAGAAAAUGGCGUGUCUAUUACCACAACGCCCUCCCAUUUGUUGCUGCUCGCUUCUGCUGACGGUUACAGAGAAUUAUUUGCAGCAGACGUACAGAUCGGCGAUGUCCUUUUGACGAGAGGACCAGGAGUCGUGAUGAGGCCAUCCAAGGUGGUCAAAACACGCAUAAUUUCUAAAAGAGGUGUAUUCGCGCCGUUGACCAGCGCGGGGACCAUAAUAGUAGACGACGCCCUGGCGUCAUGUUACGCUCUUGUGAAGAGCCAUUCAUUAGCGCACGCGGCGAUGGCGCCGCUCCGGUGGAUGGCGAGCUGGAUCAGCUCCAAAGAACAGGCUCGAGGAGUGCAUUGGUACGCCAACGCCCUCUAUUCCAUCGGAGAUUUAGUUUUACCAACGUCAUACAAGUUCCAGUAAAUUACAUUUACAGACUUCAAAAGUGAUAGUGAACUAUAUUCAGCGCGCGGGACGUGCCCAAUUACUUAGGACGCUUGUACAUAGACCAGUGUUGUAAAUACCAUCGCGAGUGUGAGAACGCGGACUGGACGGCAUCUACGUAGUGUAAACCUUCACGUGAAUUUAUUUAUUAAGUAGUCUAAGACCAUAUUUGCAAAUUUUGCAUAUUAUUUAGUAACAGUAUGAAUAUUUGUAAAUUGUGUCGGUAUUGUUAUUCUGCACAAUGCAGAAAUACUUAAUGUAUGCGCUUAUGUUUUUUUAAGUAACUGUAUAAAUAGUGUUACUGUAAUAUUUAAAUGAAAUGACUUGUCUGAUAGCAAAUCUGCAAAGUAUACCUAAAUCAAAUUUCAUCUGAAUAUAAAAUUUCAAUUGAAACUAAGAAAAUGUCUCAAUGUCCUGGUAAAAUAGACAUUCCAGAAUUAUUUUCUCUUCAUUAUACAUUGAAAUGAUGAUGAAAUUGUGAUCUUGGUACCUUACAAAGUGCCUUAAGAUUUAUUUAUUGUUAUUUAUAAACUAGGAAUAUAUUUAUAAAUUGACGGAAACAUUUAGACAUACUAAUUAAUAGUUCUAAUUUAUGUUACAUAUAUUUGCAUUUAUUGUCUUUAAUACUUUCAGUUACUUUCUUAUACAAUCUGUAUUUAUUAUCUUUUUUCUUAAAACCAUUUGGUUUCAGUAAGCAUUUUAACAACUCUUGACUAACAUUUCAAUCGGAUUUAUCUACAUUUAUUUGUACGUCUAAUCUUAACCUGCAUGGGAGGUGUAAUUAAUUAACAAACGCAUGAUCAUCUAUCGAUGCUGGUCGAAUAAUAAAACAGCUAUUCUCAGAUCGAACAUAGAUCCUGGACUGAAGUUAGGGUUCCUAUAAUUUUGAAUUUAGUGGAAUUGUGUAAGUAGGCAGUCGCAAAUGCUAACUUCUAUGAAAGUAUGGGGCAAUACUAAUCAAUCAUAGAUGUAAAAAAAUACAUCUACGAGUAGUUAUAACUAAUACCAUACUUUAGCAAUGUUUUAAAGAUGUAUUUUACAACGAGACACUCAAGUCCCCCGACUUGGCAAAGGGUGUAAUAUAGUAUUAAAUUUAGUAAUGCUUACAUUUGAAGAGUAUUAAAUAAUUCCUACUAACAAGUUUUAUAUGAAGAACUUACCUAUUGGAUAGCUUUAACGGUAUAUAUUGACAAAAAGAAUAUGCCAUAAUUAUUGCCAUAUUAAUAUUAGUUUGUAAAGCCGAAACACAAUGUUUAUCCAUCACUCGUUUAGGUAAACAAAAGCACAAGCUUUUAUACAUCUAAUUAGGAUUAAUUCAUAGUAGUAUUUAUUUGCAACUUGACAUUAUAAAUAUCAAAUUUUGGCAUAAAAUGUACCUACGCAUGAAAAUUAAACAAGUCUAUCAAAAACGUAUUCGUGAAUGUACUAUCUCCUUUUCUACUUUUAAGUACAAGUACAUAUUUACUGUCUCAUCUUCCCUUGAAAUAAAACUAUGUAUUAUUUACCCUUUAUUACUUUUUUGAUAGACAAAUUUCUAAUAAUAAAAUCCAACCUGUAAAUUAAACACUAAUAUGUAAUUAUUGUGCUUUUAUAUUAUUUAUUUAUUGAUGUUAUUUUUGUAUGGAUAUAAAAAUUGCCAUCCCUUA